AUGGACCCACUCCCGCACGGCCUGCCCCUCCGCUUCCACUCGCUCGACGUCCCCGACCCAGGCGGGCGCAGCGGCGGAGACGCGCUCGUGGACGACCUCGCCAACUCGUUCGUCGACACUGUCACCCUCGGACCACUCAGGAGGGCUUUCUCGGGCUUACGAGGGCGCGGCAGGGGCGCAGAGAGGGCAAAGGUGCUCGUCGGAGGUGUCGAGGGAGUCGUCCACCAGGGCGAACUGCUGCUCGUGAUCGGUCCGCCGACCUCGAACGCCUCGAUCCUCGUCCGCGCACUCUCGUGCUGCUCGGACCUGCCCCUCUCGCCCUCCUCUCACCUCGACUAUGGCCUCGUCGACCAUUCGCACGCGAAUCGCCUGACUCUCACCUCGUCCCUCGCGCGAUCGGGCACAGGUGAGCGGAACCUGCGCUCGCAGGUCGUGUUCAUGGACGACCGAGACGUACACUUUGCGUCCCUCUCGCUCGAGGCGACUCUCAAACCCGUCUCGCACGCCAAGACGCCCGAACACCGGCAAGACGGCUCGACGAGGCGCGAGUGGGCCGAAGCAAAGAUGCGCUCGAUCGUCGAGGCGAUGGGUUUGAGUCAUGCCUACACGACGGCGGUGGGAAGCCCGCUCGUGCGCGGCUUGUCCGGCGGAGAACGGAAACGCGCUUCGCUCGCAGAGGUACUCCUCACCCGCGCGGCAAUACUCCUCCUCGACGGCCCGUUCAAUGGACUGGACUCGUCGACGGCGCUCUCGAUGCUGCAGUAUCUUCGCACCUGGGCGACCAGCAAGCGCCGUUCGGUCAUCAUCGCAACUCCGCACUGCGCCGACUCGCUCUACGAAGAGUUCGACAAGGUGCUCGUCCUCGAUGCGCGAGGACGGCAGGUCUUCUUCGGGCGGACGGCGGACGCCCAGCCGUACUUUGAGCGGAUCGGGUUCAAGAGGAGGACGGAUCUGGGCGAGGGGACCGCCGAGUUCCUCGUUGGCUGCAUCGAGGGCAGGCACAACGAUGUCGAGCUCGAGCGGCGGUGGAAGGCGUCGACAGAGCGAAAGGCGCUGGUCCACGAGAUCGAGGAGGUCUACCCGCAGCGGUACCCUCUGUCGACUUGCGCCGACCCGCUCUUUGAGGCUCUCCGGGACGAGAAGAGUCGCUUCACGCCCGCCUCGUCGCAUUACACCGUCUCGUUCCCGCGCCAGGUCGUUCACCUCACCCGGCGACAGUACGCCCUCAUCCGCUCCGAGCUUCCCGCCUACGUCACCAAGACCCUGAUCAACCUCCUCCUCUCGGUGACGGUCGGCACGCUCUUUUUCCGCCUCCCGCCGGUGACCGAACACGCCUUUACGCGCGGCUCGCUCCUCCUCCUCUCGAUCAUGUUCAACGCGUACCUCUCCCUCGCCGAGUUGGGCAAGACCAUCGAAGGACGGGACAUCGUCAAGCGCCAGGGCGACUACGGGUUCUUCUCUGCCUCGGCACUGGCCGUCGCACGCGUCGCGGGCGACAUCCCCCUCAUCGGCGUCCAGUGCCUCCUCUUCGGCACGAUCACCUACCUCCUCGCGGGCUUACAACCCUCGCUCGAGCGCUUCCUCAUCUACCUCAUCUUCGUCUACGCCACCGCGCUCAACCUCUCGUGCCUCUUUCGGAUGGUCGCAGCCUUCAGCCCGGGCUUCGAAGGCGCGAUCCGCUUCUGCGGAGUCGCGCUCAACGUGCUCGUCAUGUACGCGGGAUACUUCAUCCCUACGCCUUCGAUGCGCCCCUGGCUCAAGUGGAUCCACUACGUCGUCGACCCUAUUUCGUACUCGUACGAAGCCGUCCUCGCCAACGAGUUUCACGCACUCCGACUCGAGUGUUCCCCGAGCGAUAUCAUCCCCUCCGGGCCAUCUUACGACUCUUACGCCGCAGCAUUCAAGACCUGCUCCCUGCCCGGGUCGAAACCCGGCUCACUCACCGUCCUGGGCGACUCGUACCUCUCGCUCACCUACGACUUUUCCUUCGCCCGUAUCUGGCGAAACCUCGGUAUCCUCGCUCUCCAAGCGGCGGUCUUCCUCGUUGUUGGAGUCGUCGCGACGGAGUUUUUGAGCUUUGCGGAGGGUGGGAGGAGGAGGGUGUGGAAGCGCACUAAGGCUGUCAAGCGGAGGUUAUUCGGUGCGAAGCGGGAGAAGUUCGAGUACAAGGAGGCGAACGGGAAUGCUGCCGCGGUGAAUGGAGGGCGGAGGCCAAGCGAGGAGGAGCGCAGGUUGAUCGAGGUGGACGAGUCGGGCGAUGAGGCCGCGUGGGAUGUUGAGGCGCAGGAGGGAGAGGCGUUUGAGGAGUCGAGCGUGAUUGAGACGCCUGUGUACGGCUCGGACGCGGAGGACGAGAACGGCGUGACGGCGGAGCAAAUCGAGGGGUCGGUCCUUGCGUGGAACGCCAUCUCGCUCUGGGUCGACACGCCUCUCGAGACUCGCCGACUGCUCGACCGCGUCUCGGGUUAUAUCAAGCCCGGGCGAGUCUGCGCUCUGCUCGGCGCGAGCGGUGCGGGAAAGUCGACUUUGCUGAAUGUUCUGGCUGGCCGGAGUAUUGGAGUUGUCAGGGGGACGAUUCGAGUGGAUGGGAGCGAGCCGGACGCCGAGUUCUAUCGGACGACGGGCUAUGUUGAGCAGUUCGACCUGCACGACGACCGCUCCUCCGUCCGCGAAGCCCUCGAAUUCUCCGCCUUACUCCGCCAAGACGCCUCAAUCCCCGACGCCGAAAAGCUCGCCUACGUCGACCACGUCCUCGACCUGCUCGACCUCACCCACCUCCAGGACGCCAUCAUCGGUACCCCCUCGGCAGGCUUGAACGCCGAGCAGCGCAAGCGUGUGACUAUCGCUGUCGAGGUUGUCAGUCGGCCGGCUAUCUUGUUCUGCGACGAGCCGACGACGGGAUUGCCAACGAAGAGCGCCUUGAGGGUCGUCAAGCUUUUGCGGAGGCUGGCCAGGACUGGACUGGCGGUCAUCUGUACCAUCCACCAGCCGUCCGCCGAGACCUUCAGCAUCUUCGACGAUGUCUUGCUGCUCCAGCGAGGCGGUAAGCAGGUGUACUUUGGACCGCGCAAGGACGCCGUCCGCUACUUUACCCCGGCAGCCAAGAGCGACCUUGGUUCCGACUCUUUCGUCAAUCCAGCCGACUUCCUCCUCGACGUCACCAAGACUGGAGUCGACGUGCCUGACGAGGACCUCAGCGAUGUGCACGACCUCGAUCUCCUUGCAAAGAAGUGGACCUCGUCGCAGGAAUACGGCGCGGUCAAGGCGGAACUCGUCCGGCUCGGCGCCCCUCUGCGACAGACAAAGGCGACCGCGAUCAUCCGCAAGGCGCCUCCGCCAGCGUCGUCAGUCUGGCGACAAUGCGUCCUCCUGACAAAGCGAGUCUCGAAGCACUACUACCGCGACCCGUCCUUCUCGUAUACCAAGCUCUUCACCUCGACGAUCGUGCCCGCCAUCAUCGGUCUCUCCUUCUUCCUCGUCGGCCACGAGAACACAAUCGUCUCGUUCCAGAACCGCAUGUUCAGCGUGUUCCUCCUCCUCUUCGUCCCUGUCGUCUGGAUGAACGCCAUCAUCUUCAAGGUUCACUCGCUUCGCGGGUUGUGGGAGGCGCGUGAGCGGCCGAGCAGGAUCUAUGGGCGGACUGCAUUCGUGACGAGCUUGCUCGUCAGCGAGAUCCCUUACUCGCUGCUCUGCGCGACGACCUACUUCGUCCUGUGGUACUUCCUCGUCGGCUUCCCCUUGAACGCGUCGACGAUCGCCUUCGCCUUCCUCCUCAUCCAGAUCUUCUACUUCUUCCAGUCGACAUGGGCGCUCUGGAUCGUCUCGCUCUCGCAGUCCCUCGGCACCGUCGCCAACCUGCUCCCGUUCUUCCUCGUCGCCAUGGAGGCAUUCAACGGAUCGCUCAUGCCGUACGCCCAGAUGCCCCGAGCCUGGCGCUGGCUGUACUACGUCUCGCCGUUCCAGCACUACAUCCGCAGCAUGCUCGGCGGCCUCCUGCACGACACGCCGGUGCGGUGCGCCCAAUACGAGGUGGUCUCGUUCAGGCCGCCGCCAGGCUUGUCCUGCGAGGCGUAUUCCGCCGACUACCUUUCGCGUCACGCCGGCUACCUCCUCAACCCAUCCUCGACGUCGCUCUGCGACUUCUGCCCGAUGUCGACUGGCGACGACUUUCUCGCGUCCCUGAACAUCUCGCACAGCGACCGGUGGCGCUCGCUCAGCAUCCUCGCCGCCUACUGCAUCUCGAAUCUCGCCAUCACCUAUCUCCUCAUCUUCUUCCCGCCUCGCAUGCCGGCUUGGGCGUCUCGCAUCUUCCGUCGCUCGUCGUCAGGAGGAUCAGGAGGACGGAAAGGAGCGGAGGAGGUCGCAGCGGAGCACUGGGCGAAGGAACUCCAGCUCGAGCGGGAUCACCCAGAGACGCACGCCCACCCGGUCGCCUACGAUCCCUUCUCCUAG